CGUCAAGAGAGGUGGGGACCCGCUGCCGGCACCCGCCGAUCGGGGCCCGCAGUGUCACACCGGAGCAGCCCGGCGAGACGGCAAAGGCUGCAGAGGAGAAGGAGAAAAAAAAUAGAAGAGUGGUCCCAGCCAGCAGCACACCCAAGCCUCCCCCCAAGAGGGUAAGUCAGCAGAUGACACCCGGGUGCCAGCACCGGUUGCUGCUCUGCCCAUGUCACCUCUGCCACAGGCUUUAGGUGUUUUUACAGCAUAAAUACCAGCCCCCCCACCAAACACAGGGUGCCUGCGCACCCACUGCUCACCUGGGCCAGCAGGUCCUCAUGAGAACGGUCCUCAGUGGCAGGAUGGGGCCAGGCUGAUCGGCUACCCUGGUUCUAGGAGGGAGCAGGAGGUGCUGGGCAGCAUCCUGGGUUCCUCAAGGACCUGAGCACCCUAAGAAGGGACCAGGCACGAUGCCACCACAGGGGCAGCACCUACAAACAUGCCUGGAGAUGGGCUGCUUUGCCCCAAGCUGGUUUAAGAGCCUCUCCUCCACCGAGCUGGGUUAUAAGAGCUGCUGUGGCUUUGCUUCCCGGGGUAAAACUCACAGGAUUUGCUAAUGAGGGUCCUGGGCUGCCCCGGGCCGUUAUAACUGUCCUCAGGUGAGGAGCCUGAUUACCCCUGGAGGGGGUGAUGGGCUCUGGUGUGGGUACGGGGCAGAGCCCCACUGCGUCUUAGGCCAAUGGGUGUUGCAGCUGUACGUGACUGCUCCCGCAUCCCCAGCUCCUGCAUUUGUUCCCGUGGAGCAUACGGAUAUAUGGCUGCCCUUCGGCGUACGGAGAAUGCUUUACACACUUCUGAAGUUUAACGGGAUUAUUUCAUGAGCCAUUUUGCUCAACUGGUUAUGUUAGAAGCUGGCUCCCUGGAAGAAAGGAAGACAUCUCAGUCUCGUUGGACUCGUAACUCAAUGCCACGUCGGUUGUCAAACUCCCGUGUUGAGAGAAGUGGCUAAAACACCACCUGAAAGGUGACAGAGGUGUAGCUCCGGUGACAAACUGUCGACUGCUUCGGCACACAACAUGCAUUUCUAGGUGCGGAUCCCCUCCCUGACAAUCCUACAAGCCACUGGAGUAAGGUCUGGUAACUUCUGACAAAGAGCAUAAGCCAAGCACAUGAGCAGGACUUUUAAUUAACUCACGCACCCCAUAAUGAAGCUCCUCCCCAGAGUGGACACAACGGUCUGGUAAUCAAAGCUUCACACACAGAUGCCAGGGCUGAACCUUUUUAUUUAAGCACCAACAACCUGAGGACGACGUGGCUGCAGGACGCCAGUGAGGAACAUGUUAUCAUGCCAGGGCUGAGCUCGGAUCUGGAGCACAACCAUGACGAACAGUUCGACCUGCACCGAAACAGACCUCAGGCCCUACUAUGCCAUUACGUACACUUUCAUCCUCAUCCCUGGACUAAUAGGAAACACAUUAGCUUUGUGGGUCUUUUACGGCUACAUGAAAGAGACUAAAAGGGCGGUAAUAUUUAUGAUCAAUUUAGCCAUUGCUGACUUAUCGCAGGUUUUGUCCUUGCCCCUGAGGAUUUUCUACUACUUGACCCAGACGUGGAAUUUUGGAAGAGGCCUCUGCAUGCUCUGCUUCUACCUGAAGUACGUCAACAUGUACGCAAGCAUCUACUUCUUGGUUUGCAUCAGCGUAAGACGAUAUUUGUUUCUUCUGCACCCAUUCAAAUUCAGCGACUGCAAACGCAUCUGUGAUGUGUAUAUCAGCAUCGCUGGGUGGGUCGUGGUCUGCGUUGGCUGUUUGCCUUUCCUGCUUCUCAGACUUCACAAGGAUGAUAAUAACAACAGCACGUGUUUUGUGGAUCUCCCUGUAGAGAACGUUGGCCUUCCCACCUCCAUUGCAAUGAUGACGAUAGGUGAACUGGUGGGGUUCAUAACACCCCUACUUAUCAUCCUAUACUGCUCAUGGAAGACUAUCUUGUCCCUAAAAGAAAAGAAUUCAGCUUCACAUGACCUCGGAGAGAAAAAAAAGGCUUUAAAGAUGAUCCUCACCUGUGCUUUGGUAUUUCUGAUUUGCUUUGCACCUUAUCAUAUCAGCUUUCCACUAGAUUUCUUUGUCAAAACCAAAACGAUUAAAAACACGUGCGUCCAGAAGGUGAUCUCGGUGUUUCACGUUGUAGCUUUGUGCCUCGCCAGCUUGAACUCCUGCGUGGACCCAGUCAUCUACUACUUUACUACAGAGGAGUUCAGGAGACGCCUUUCCAGGCAGGAUUUGCAAGAAAGCAUUCAGCUCCACAACCUCAGCUACGUGAGGAAGCACUCCAGAGAUGUGCUCAGGGAGGACACCAUGGGCUACUAGCGCUGGCCUUCCCCGAACUGUUGCCAAGACUUCAAACGUUCACUAUAUUUGGAGUUUGGCCCAUUUUUUCUGCCCCCCAGGACACUGAGAGCGAUGACUUAAACAAGCUUCUGCUGAUUUCAGUGAGGGUUGGAGAAAAACAAACAAAAAACCCCCAAAACCCAAACCUGCAUGAAAACAUGUGGAUUUAAUACUUUGGUUGCAAACUUUCUCUGAAUACAAAUAACACCGGGUGAUUCCCACAGGCCCUAUUUCCAAGUCGGGCACCAGGAGCAGGUAGCUUUGGCAGGAGGAGGAGGACGCUGACCUGUGGCAAGAAGUGAUGCUGUGCCCCGUUGUCACUGGUGGGGCCAUUGCCCAGCCAUGUUCUUGGCUUCAGCAAGAAUUCUGGAUCUUGCUAUACAGAAAGAAUUUGAUCCUAAAAAUUAGUAGACGACACAGUAUUAUAUAUUUCUGAAGCAAAAGACAAUCCAGCAGUGACUAAUUUCUAUGCAGAGUGCCAAGAGCCUGCCUUAAGCCAUGCUGACCACAGAGCCAGGAGCGUAAGGUGGCCCCAAAGGACUUGCCAUUGAAAUAGUUAACCAAGCCUCCAUUUUGGGGUGGAGCAAAUGACAUGACAUAACCCCAAAUCACAAAGUCACUGAAGCGUCCAGACACUAUUUUUCUGCCAUCAGUUCCCACUUCUGGCUUGAAGCCAUAUCGCUGCCUUGGAUAAGCUUUAACCACAGGGCUGUGCUUUGAGGGUAUUUUUUCAGGCUAGAUGUCCUCUUUUCACCAAAGAUGGGGUAAAUUAUUUCCCUUUCACUUAUAACUGACCCUGUGCCAUCACAUCUACUCUUCAUUAACAGCAGCGUGAUUAAAAGAGUCAGAGGAGCGAAACCUUUCUGAAGUUUACUGUAAUGGGAACUGAACUCACUAUAAGCAGAGUCAAAGGUGCCACCCAACAGGCUACAAGAGAUUUUUUUAAGAAAGGCUCAAAUGUGGAUGUAUUUUUAACAAUAAUUUCUUUAAAAUCAAACAACAGAAGCUUUGAGCUUUACUGGUAUUUCUUUUGCACCUUCUCGUAAAAUUUAUUUUUCUGUGAACAUUUGAAAUGUUACAUUUUGAAAUGUAAAAAUACUGUGACGGUAUUAGGUCUUAUUUAAUGCAAAUGUUGUUUUAUAGAUUUAAUUUAUAAAAAGAAAAAAAUAUGUUUUGUAGAAAAAUGAUGUGAAUCACAGAGAGUGUUGGAACACAGAGAGACUUUUGUCCUUUUUAAAAGCCCCUCUAUAUAAUAAAACAAAAUUCCAUCAUCUAUCUCAUCCCUCCAGCAUUCUGAGCCAGUGUGUCUGCACCCGAGUGUGCCAGCUGAGUAAGUACUGCUAAUUCACGGAAACCACGAAGCACACUGUAAUUUGUUCACGGCAAUGAAAAAAAAAAAUUCAUUUUUUAUUUCCUGUUGUAUACGAUAAAAAAAAUCUUUAAAAAAAAAAAAAAUUUAACGGAAUUCUUGGCCCACUCUCCCCUCUGUAACUGCAUCACCAGUACAUGCGUGUGUGGAGCAACGCGCGGCAGCACCUGGAUUGUUGACACCUCUCGAGCACCUGUGGAAUAUUUUAGGUGCCUUUUCAAAAUCAUUUUAACCUCCUUGCACUGGGGAGAAAAGCGAAACACUGGCUUACCGAGGGACAAAACACACUGCUGCGAACUGCAGCAGCUCCUCUGCGCCCCCAGGAGAGGUUCACCAAAACAUGAAUUCCGAUAGCUGAAGGCCAGCACCAGCCUGAGCCCAUCACCCUCCUUUCUGGCCACUGAUCCCCAUCCCCGGGUAUGUGGGAGGGGUGCAGGAUGGCCCCAUACAACCCCCCCCUAGAGCUACUUUUAGCUUCUGAGGGGAAAAAGAUGUUACACAAAGUGGUGUCAAGAAGUUCAGAAACCGUUCAAUGAGAAAAACCUCAAUUAGCUUCAGUUUUCCCCCCUAGAAAAUACCGUGGGUGCAACACGAGCCAUUUCCCCUGCUGCCAUAGCAAUGUGGUUUAUUCAUAUUAGUAUUAACGGCCUCUUUUUACAGGAAGUCGGGUGUAAUAGUCGCAGUAGCUCACACGAGCCGAAUUCAGGAGAGAGAUGCCUGGCCUGCCCUCCCCCUGCCACAGCAACUCUGCUCCAGGUGGGAUUUGCUUGGGCCACGUUCUCCACCACAGAGGUCUCAGAAGCCCUUGGCUGAUGGUGCCACAGACACCUGGAGAAUCAAGAUAUUACUUAGAUUAACAGAAGGUGUAUUUCCACACCCUGUUGAUGGCUUGGGAUCCAUGAUAGCAGCCCAUGCUUGAGGCCUGGAAUGAUCGCACAGCAGCAGAGAGAUGCUCUGCUGCAU